AUGUAUUUCAUUAUUUUAUUUGUCAGUUUAUUUAUUUCAUCAUUUGCUGCUGAAUGUCCGAAAUUUAAAACACAAAGUGCAUUUGAUGUUACAAAGUACGGUGGUUUAUGGUAUGAAAUUGAACGAUCUGAUAUUAUAUUUGAAUUAGGUUCACGAUGUGUUAAUGCCACAUAUACAUUAAAUCCUAAUGGUACUGUUGAUGUUUUUAAUCAAGAGAUUAAUUUAAUGGGUGAAUAUACAUCAAUUCAUGGUACAGCCACUGUCAAAGAUCCUAAAGUACCAGCAGCAUUUGUUGUUCAAUUUAAUUCAGGAAUCAAAGGUGAUUAUAAUGUGAUAUCAACAGAUUAUAUAAAUUAUAGUUUGGUUUAUGCAUGUGAAUCAAUUUUGGGAUUGAAAGUUGAAUUUAUUUGGAUUCUUUCACGUGAAAAAACACUAUCAGAUUCAAUUAUCAAUGAGCUUCAAACAAUAUUGAAAAAUUUUGGUGCUGAUAUUAGUCAACUGAAGCCAACUGUACAAAAAAAUUGUUAA